GGCUGCCUUCGGAGUAUCCUCAAGCUGCUUUUGGGUUAUUAAUUGUCUAUAAUCACUAAUAACUUCCUAUUUCAGUGGAGCAGUGAGCUCCUUGGGAUGCGGCUGGUUCUGACCGGCCUGCUGUGGGUAACCUGGGGUGCUCAGUGGUGGAUCUGACUGUCCACAGUCAAGACUUAACAGGUUUAAAAUCAAAAUGUGUUUAUUACUGUUCAAGCUGCGUUUAUUCCCCAAGGGGAGCGCUGGUGUCUCCGUUUCUGGCUUCUCUUUGUGAGAUUACCUGGAUGUUUACCUGAAAAUAGAAACUGGAAAUUCUCUGUAGUUGUUUCUGAGCCUCAGAAUAAGAACCACUCCUGAUUAAAAGUAGACUUGAUGAUGCUGUGUGUUAUCUAUGCAUCUCUCAUUUGCAUUAUUUGGGGAAGGCCUGGGCUCAGCUGUGGAUAAACCUUAGAAUACACCAAAAAGAAAGAAAGGAGAAUAGUUAUUUUAUCUGGAAAUCAGAGGAGCUCGUGUCUGAGGAGCAUUAGCGAGCCUCAAGUUAAUCAGGUUCUACAGUUUAUGUCUGUUAGAUUUACAAAUGAAAGCUUGCAUGAAACAGCAACUAAGAUCUGGCCUGAGAAUGAGACUUUUGAAUGGGGAUUUGAUGAUUCAUUAUAUGGUUGGGUUUUUAAUUAAAAACACAAAUGUGUUCUGCAUAGGAAAACUCCAGCACUUGUGCAACAGUUGUAUUUGCCGUGCAUGUGCUUCUAGGUUUGAAGGGUUAAAUACAAUCCCUGUCCUAAGAGAAAGCUUAAAAAGACGUUUUCCCUAAAGAAAAAUGAUCUGUAAGGUCACAUUGAGGGGCUUGGAGGCAACGGGUCCUUCAGCUGCCGUGUAACACACCAGUGGGCUGAGCACCUCAGGAAGAAGUGACCUGAAGCAUGAAAGUUUAAUUCACUUUGCAGUUGUUUUAUUAUGUUUCAUUAUUACUGUCUUGUCUUCUUUGAGGAUGAGUGAAAUGCUUGGGCCUGUACACAACAAGGAGGAGGAAACGUGGUUUCUGGAGGGACUGGGUCUGAACAUAACUAACGAGUGGUGUAGGGCUGAACUCGGAGCUUCUCCCAGGGACAGUUUUGAGAGCAAACAACUAAACAACAUGCAUUAGGAUCUUGGUUCGAAUACUUCAGCCUGUGUAGAGGCGUUACCAGUCUUGCUACCAAGUGAAGAACCGAACUGAGCGGCCCUUCUCCCUUCUCUGCAGCAGCAUCACCAGGAAGUGAGGCAGGAUUGAAGCACUGGUGGCUGGGGCCAUGUUUCCUUGCACCAGGAAGUGAGGAGCGUGACUCCAGCCCGGAGCUAUGGCAGCUGAUGAGAGGGACUACAACCUGACGGAGGAGCAGAAGGCGAUCAAAGCCAAAUACCCACCCCUCAACAAGAAGUAUGAAUACCUGGAUCACACAGCAGAUGUGCAGCUACAUGCCUGGGGAGACACUUUGGAAGAGGCCUUUGAGCAGUGUGUUAUGGCCAUGUUUGGCUACAUGACUGAUACAGAGACCGUGGAACCUGUGGAUACAGUGGAGGUGGAGGCAGAAGGCCAUGACAUGUUGUCUCUUCUCUUCCACUUCUUGGAUGAGUGGCUGUAUAAAUUCAGUGCUAAUGAGUUCUUUAUACCCAGGGAGGUGAAAGUGCUUUACAUUGACCGAAUGCAAUUCAAAAUAAGAUCGAUUGGGUGGGGAGAAGAGUUCUCUUUACCCAAACACCCUCAGGGCACAGAGGUCAAAGCCAUAACUUACUCAGCCAUGCAGAUCUGUGAAGAUGAAAAGCCAGAAGUCUUUGUCAUCAUUGAUAUUUAAAGCAAGAAAAGCGUGGUCCAGUGGAUACUUGUCAUUGGCUGGCAAAAGUCUCUUAAACUCUAAUGCCCGUGGAAGUUACAAAGGAAUUGGCCAACUAAAGUCACAAAUUGAAGAGACUAACGCGGUUAAUGUCAGCCUGUGUUUCGACUUGAGGAUGGUGAGACAGAGAAAUACCUGCAUGCCAGGAAAAAUAAGAACUAGCUGGGGUUUGGGGGGAUGUUGAGAAGAAGAGAGAGAGUUAUAGGGGCUGAGAGCCUCUCAGGAAUGCUGGCAGUCAGCUUUUAAGGCUGACACAUGUCUUAGGUGCUGUAUAAACUAAAUAGAGAAAUUAGCGGAGCUGCUAGCUAAAAUACUGCCUUUUUGCAGGGUGGCAGGAGAUCUGUUCAACUACAUGAUUUCAUUUGUAGGUUUAAAUGUUCUAAUUCUGAGGUGCGAUCCUUCCCCCAUGUUAUAUAUAAAGGGUCCAAAAUCCUUGCAGUGGGUCAGAUUUAAUGUAGACAAAUUUCGGGCAAUUCAAAGGACAGUUAAACUAUACUGAUGGAAAACCAACCCACCACGCCUCUACCUUCAAAGGAAGUCAUGCCAGCAGGUGGUGCUGAAUUGCUGUAAAUAAAUUCCCACAUGAAAUGCUAAAGCAUGUGACGAUGUACAUCGAAUCCUAAUGGCAAGUGUUAUCUUGCUGUCAUUACUAAAAAGUAGGCAGCUUUGCUGCCAUUACAGAAAGGGAUGCUCCAGCUUUUCAGGGGGGUUCACUCCCAACUAUGUCUGGUGAAACCUCAUUCUUUUAAAAAGCAGAUGAUUUGGAUCAGCUUCCCUAUGUUCCUUUAGAAAGGACAAUACAAUCCUUUCACGUCAAAGGAUUAUGGACUUCACUGCAUCUAAAUUAAUCACAAAUAAUCAAAAGAGUGUUUUAUUUUAAAUCACAGGACGGCAAAUGCUUGUUAAAGGUGAGCAGUGCAUCAGGCUGUGCUCCUCUUUGAGAGUCAGUGCUGCAAGUACCUCGCCUCUGGAGGUAGUGUCUCAUCUUUGUUAUAAAGUCACCUUAAACACACAUGACUUUAUUUCCAUAUUGUGAAGAUUAAGGACUAAAACCCCUUUUAUUGUUUGAGAAAGCUUCAAUGCUGAAAUAAAACUUGGAACUGGGACAAUUAA